AUGUCCGGCAAUCUCGACGGAACACCAGUGGAUUCCCGGGGAAAGGAUAGUCCUGUUGAGGACUAUCUAAAUGAUAAAUUUCAGACAUUGAGCGAUUUGGAAAACCUCGACGCCCUGCUCACAAUAGUUCAGACACAGCAGUCGCAGCUCCGUGAUCAGCUUCAAGAAGCAGAAACAAGAGCUGACAAAGCCCGGAAUGCUGCUAAAGAACAUUCACAAAACGUCCUGAUACAGGCGCAGCUAUUCCGACAAGAGCAGGAAGACAUUGACCGCCGUUUAAGAGCCACUACUUCAUCAGAAACUGCACAGGAUGCCGCACGCGAAUUUGAAACUAGCAUGGAGAAACUCCGAAGAUUAGAUGUCGCAAAGGGAUAUAUUGCAUUGAUCAUUGAGGUUAAUAAACUAUCCGAGGAGGCGCGAAAGCUUAUUCAAAAAGACCCUAAAUCUGCUCUGGUCCCGUACAAUAAGUUGCAGCAUUUAGCAAAAUCACUAAAGAUUCGUCAUGAGGCAUCAGAGAGCGCCGCAGUUCACUUAGUUGAUUUUGUUGAAAAAACCACCAGCACUCUUUGGGAUGAGAUGAAGGACAAGCUUGCUGGGGAGUUUCAAAACGUACUCGGGAAAAUGGGCUGGCCAGCACCGAAAGUAGACCUAAAUAAAUUCCCGGAGUUUCAAAAGGGCUUUGACAAGCUGUUGGUUUUACAGGAACCUGAGAUUAAAUCGGGAUUGAAAGAUAAGCCAUUGCUACCUCUUGAAGUUCUGGUGAAACCAUUGGAGCUUAGGUUUAGAUAUCACUUUGAGGGAGACAAACAAACAAACCGUGUGGAUAAGCCGGAAUGGUUCCUUUCGCAAUUGAUUACCCUAAUUACAACUUAUAAUCCGUUUCUUUGCUCAUCCAUACAACCGAUUUUGUCGUCUUCUGAAAACCCACACGUUUCCUCUCGCGACGCUGUAAAUGAAUUCAUUACCGCGCUCCUACCAGUACUUCGACGCAAAAUUCACAAUCUACUUCCUCAAAUUCUGGACCAAGCACAGCUCUUGAGUCAUUUUAUCCAUGAAAUGAUUAAAUUCGAUGCCGUACUUAGGGACGAAUUCUCGUACGUGCCUUAUGGAGAAAAUGGAUGGAAAGGCGUGACACACGAGGUACUGACGGUAGAGAAUGGGUUUGCUGGGUGGAUAAAAGUGGAGAAAGAGUUUGCUUUAUCGAGAUAUCAUAAUAUCCUCAAUGCCGAGGAUGCAUGGGUUAUUGAUUACGAUAGUGCAGGCCCGAAUGACGCAAAACCAACAAAAUCCGCACUCCGAUUGAAAGAUCUUUUAGAGACAAUCACAGAUCGAUACCGCCCUUUGACAUCUUUCAGCCAGCGUCUUAGUUUCUUAAUGAAUAUCCAAAUAUCUAUCCUAGACCAAUAUCUCAACCGUCUCCAGUCAAGUAUCGAUGCCUUUAGUAUACUUUCGUCAUCAAUCGCAAGGGCUGUUCAAGGAACAAGUAAAGAGGAGGUGCAAUCCCUCUCCGGCCUUGGUGGUCUGGAAAGGUUAUGCAAAGUUUACGGGAGUGCCACAUUCCUUGAGGAUUGUACACGAGAUUGGGAUGAGGACCCUUUUUUCCUGGAACUCUGGGAGGAGUUGCAGACCCGCGCCCAGAAAUCGCAACAAAGCAAUUCGAAUAAAUCUUUGACAGGUACUAUGAAUGUAGAAGAGGUUGCAAACGUUACUAGUAAUGCAGUCGUUUCUGGAGAUGACGAUGGUGCGUUAUUUGAUAAUAUUGCCGAAGCAUACAAGAGCCUUAGGACUAGAGCAGAAGAGAUGAUUGUGGAAUUAUUGUUGGGAAGUAUUAAAGAAGAAUUGAAAUCUUAUUCAAGAAUAACACUUUGGUCAUCUAUUGAUAUGGAUCGGGGCGACUCUACAAUUUCCCCUGAAAUCGUUCCUGCCGUAGCAACACUCAACUCCUUCCUUGACUUCCUUUCAAAAACCGUUGCUGCUGCAGUCUUCAGGAGAGUUUUUCGCAAGCUCGGUGCUGGAAUUCAGGACUGGAUGUGGGACUAUGUUAUCACGAGAAAUCAAUUCUCUUCUGCGGGGGGAAGCCAGUUCUCCAGCGACAUUAACGAAAUAUGGAAAACUUGCUCGAGAUAUGUAGAGGAGCCGACGGCAUCAAUGAGGAAGUUGAAAGAUUCCUGUGUUUUACUCACACUUUCAACUUCUCCGGCUGAAGGAAGCCUUGGGCUCAAGGAGGUAGCCAGGUCCGUUUUCGAAGGCAAUGACAAAGCCAGAGAUACCUUAGGGAGGUUAGGGUUGGCGAAUCUAUCGGCCAAUGAUGCGAGAACUGUGUUGCAAAGAAGAGUAGAGGCUUUUGCUUAG